CAAAGGGGGAGGGACUGAGAAAGAGAAAGGAAAAAAAUAUAAAGAGUACGAUUCGUAUUUUAGAAAGCUUUGUUCUCCCACCACGACUGUGUUUCAAAGGCCGCACAUAUGAUGAGUUGGGUUUUCUUUUCCAAGAGAUCAUUAACCCUUUCACCUGAGUAGAGAGGGAGCGUGAAUCAACAUGGCGUCCGAGGAUGAGGAGGUUGGGUGGGUCCUGGAUGGCAUUGUCAACCUCCUGAGGGGCCCCGUGUGGAGCGUGCCCAUCCUUACCUUCAUUGAGCAUAAGUCUGUCACAUUCGAACCCAGCCCGGAGGAUGAAGAGGGAGAGGUGGAGGAGCCGCCUGAGGAUGGGGAGAGGGGAGAGGACCACAAGGCGCUGCACCAGGAGUACAAGGCCCUAGUGGAUUACCUGCUCAAGUCUUUUAUGGAUGACCUCCAGGUGACGUCCGACCAGCUGGAGAAGGCGUGUGGGAUGGCAGCCAUAUCCACGCCCUUUCAUAGAAGUCUGUUCGAGCAAGUGUGGGCUGCAGAUGACUACAAAACGUUCUGCACCAUGAUGACUCAGAAGAACAUAGAGCUCCAGCUGCAGGCCUUAGAGAUGCUGCAGUACAAGUAUGGUAUAGUGCCGGACAGCUACAAGAAGGGGGAGCAGGGGGAGGAGGUGGAGGACGACCCGGAGAAGAAGGAGAGGGAGAUACUGGAGGAGGUGUACAGGGUCUCGAGGGAGGAACAUGCUAUGAUGAAACAAGCCAUGGACAAGGAGAGUCGUGACCUGGAAGAGGCCAUUGCGAGGUCAACUCAGGAUAAGGCCAAUCUAGGUCAGGUCAUCAAGCUCCCCAAGCAGGAGGAGGCAAAGGUGCUGAUGAAGGAGGCGAAGAAGGAGGUGAAAAAGAAGGAAGAGUUUUCGAAGGCUACUGUUUUGCCUCCUAUUGCUAGUAAGGGCACCAUUGACCCCGAGGACCUGAGGAAGAGGCAGGAGUACCUCAAGGCCCAGCGGGACAAGCUGCUGCACAUGAAACAGAGGGAACGAGAGAAGCAGCUGCAGGACUUUGAGGAGGAGAGCAAGAGGCCACAGUCCGCCACAGCUGCUAGGAAGGCCCUGCACGGCUCCCAACUGGACCCUAAGACCCUGGCGGUGCGACGUGCCCUGGCCCAGCGUCUGAAGGCAGAGGUGAUCAGGGAUGUGUGAACCAAAGAGAGAGAGAGAGAGGAGUAGAUAGAUAGAUGAGAGAGAGAGAGAGAGAGAGAGAGAGAGAGAGAGAGAGAGAGAGAGAGAGAGAGAGAGAGAGAGAGAGAGAGAGAGAGAGAGAGAGAG